AUGUCCGCCUCACAACCCCGAAUCCCCAUAACAAUCAUAACCGGCUUCGCCGGCUCCGGCAAAACCACCCUCAUCCUCAAUCUCGUCCCCCAACUGCGCGCCGAAAACCCGGGCUACAAACUCGCCCUGAUCAAAAACGAAAUCGGAGAUGUAGCCGUCGACUCCCAACUCGCAGCCUCCGCCGAGAUGGCAGCAACGCAAGAACUCCUGGGCGACUGCAUAUGCUGCACGAACGUCGGACAGGUCGAAGACGCACUCGCCACGCUGGACAGGGACAGUCACCCGGACAGGAUCAUUAUCGAAACGAGUGGGAGCGCGGAGCCGUUGAAAUUGGUGCUGGAGGUGAAUCGGCUGGCGAAGGAGACGGGACGGUAUGAACUCGAUGGGAUCGUGAGUGUGAUUGAUGCGGAGAAUUGGCAGGGGUAUGCGAGCACGAGUUUCACGGCGAAGUUGCAGGCCAAGCAGACGGAUCUGAUUGUGGUGAAUAAGUGGGAGAGUUUGAGUGAGCGGGAGAUGGAUUCGUUUCUGGAUCGGUUGGGGGAUUUGGAUGUUGAGACGCCGCAGGUGAAGAGUGAUAAGGGGACGAUUUCGAAGGACUUGUUGUUUGGGUUUGAUGUGAAGAUGGCGAGGAGUUGGUUGGAGGAGGGGGAGCAUGGGCAUCAUGAUCACGAUCAUGACCAUGGUGGAGGGGAGCAUAAGCACACGCAGGAGAUCGAGUGCUUGUCUGUGACUUUGACGGCGGAUGGAUCGGAUGCUGGAGUGGAUGUCAGGAGACUCGACUCGUUCCUGAAAGCGGCGCCGAAAGACGAGGUGUACAGGAUUAAGGCUGUUCUAUACGCAUCGUCACCGCCUAGAAAUCCGGAUGGGUCGACUGUCGCUGACGCACCAGCAGAUCAGAAGGCGAGAUACAUCCUGAAUUGGUCAUUUGGGCGAUGGACGUGGGCUUUGAGUGAUGCAGCAAAGGACAGUCUGGCCGCGCCUGCUUUACGCAUGUCCAUCUUCACUGCGCCGUACGAAAGCAAUAAGUGGACGAAGAAGGUCGAGAGCGGACAGUUCAUCGCGCUAGAUGGAGGAGUGGAGGGCAAGCUGGAAGUCCGAAGAGUGCAAUGA